AUGGGAGUUGCAGUAACAUUUGCUGGUCUGGGGAAGAUUGAAUUUUUCUAUUAUCGAGCACCUGAAGGUUUGAAGAGCUUGGGGACUUCAUUCUUCUCUUCGAGCAUGGGGAUUGGGUGCUUCAUCAGUAGGUUUUUUCUGUCGGUGGUGACGAAGUACACCAUGAAGGGUGGAAGGAAAGGAUGGAUUCUGAACGACCUGAAUGAAUCUCAUCUGGAUUAUUACUAUAUAUUAUUAAAUGCUCUUAAUUUUCUGUUGUCCUUUGUUGCUGCUAAAUUUUACAUCUACAGUUGUGAUGCUGUCCGUUCGAUGGAUGAGCAGACAGAAGACAAACCUGAGAUGGAAGCCUGUACACAGGUAACAGGCGGCUUGUUCUGUGAAGAGGAAGAGCGCACGAAAGAUGGAACUGUGGAUCUAAAAGGCCGGCCUUCUCUAAGAUCAAAGGGAGGAAGAUGGAUUUCAUGUUCCUUCAUUCUUGCUGCUGAAGUGCUGGAGAAAAUAACUUAUUAUGGAGUUGCAGCAAAUUUGGUGGUUUAUCUUACAAAUGAGCUUCAUGAAGGAACUCAAAGUUCUGCAACUAAUGUCUCUAAUUGGAUGGGCGUCAUGACCAUGACACCCAUUUUUGCUGCUUUUAUUGCAGACGCAUAUCUCGGUCAAUUCUUUACCAUAAUCAGUUACUUUGCGAUCUACCUCUUGGGCAUGAGUUUGUUGACCAUUACAGUCUCACUUCCAUCGUUGAGGCCAUCCCCAUGCAAUUCAUCAGACGUCGAUGUUUGUAGAAGCAAGGUGAAGAGGUUUCAGGUUUUCUCCUUCUUCUUCGCACUUUACAUCAUAGCAAUUGGAAGCGGAGGAACGAAGGUGAAUUUUGGAACAUUUGGAGCAAACCAAUUCGACAAAUUUGAUCCGAAGGAGCGAACCCAAAAGACAUCUUUCUUCAACUGGUGGGUAUUUGCCAUGUCGGCUGGGAAUCUCUUCUCAACUAUAGUUGUGGUUUAUGUACAGCAAAACGUAAGCUGGUCAAUUGGGUACACCAUUCCUACCGUUUCUGUAGCCCUUUCCUUCCUCAUAUUCGGGGCUGGCACGCCGUUUUAUAGGCACAUGGUGCCUGCAGGUAGUCCGUUCAAGAGGAUAGUUAGGGUCUUGGUGGCUUCCACUAGGAAAUGGAGAGCAUCCCUCUCUGGAGAAUUAUGCGACUUGGAUGUAGAGAAUUACAAGUCCAAGUCAGGCAAGUGCAGAAUCAACCACACACUCUCACUGAGGUUUUUGGAUAAAGCAGCUGUGGAGACUGGGGAGUCAGCUAGUCCAUGGAUGCUCUGUUCAAAGACAGAGGUGGAACAAACCAAACAAAUCAUCAGAUUGCUGCCCAUAUUCAUUGUAACAAUCAUGCCAAGUGUGAUGCAAGCUCAGGUGCUCACUCUCUUUAUCAAACAAGGCAUGACAUUAGAUGGCAGCUUUGGUCCUCACUUCGACAUACCACCUGCAAGUCUCUCAGCCGUCUUCGUCCUCAGCACCCUAGUCAGCCUUGUGAUCUACGAUCGUUGGCUCGUUCCAUUUGUCAGGAAUUACACCAAGAAUCCGCGCGGGUUUCAAUUGCUUCAUAGGAUUGGGAUUGGCUUAAUAAUGCACAUCAUCAUCAUGUGCCUAGCGAUGGUGGUGGAGAGAUAUAGGUUAAGCACAAACAGCAGAUCGAAUCUGACUAUCUUUAUUCUCCUCCCACAAUUUGCGUUGAUGGGAGUUGCAGAAACAUUUGUUGCUGUGGGGAAGAUGGAAUUUUUCUAUGAUCAAGCACCUGAAGGUAUGAAGAGCUUGGGAACUUCAUUCUUUUCUUCGAGCAUGGGGAUUGGGUGCUUCAUCAGUGGUUUUCUUCUGUCGGCGGUGAACAAGUACACCACGAAGGGUGGCAGGAAAGGAUGGAUUCUGAACGACCUGAAUGAAUCUCAUCUCGAUUAUUACUAUAUAUUCUUAGCCAUAUUAAAUGCUCUUAAUUUUCUAUUGUUUUUUCUUGUUGCUAAAUUUUACGUCUACAGUUGUGAUGCUGUCUGUUCGAUGGAUGAGCAGACAGAAGCUAGCGAAGUUGUCAAGGAAAUGACCGGAAAUGAUGUAGAUCCAUCUAAGACACUUGCUGUCAUCAAACCGACGACAAGAGGAGCCUCAAUCCCUAUCCAAUCUCCAAUGUUAAGUGAAACGAACUACAGCAUAUGGGCUGUCAAGAUGAAGAUAAUCUUGCGUUCACUAAGAGUAUGGUCAGUGAUUGAAGGUGAAGAAAAAGACGAUGACAAAGAUCAAGGCGCCAUGGUAGCCAUUUCUCAAGUCGUGCCGGAUGACGUGAUGAUGGUAAUCGCGGAGAAAGAGACGACAAAAGAGGCUUGGGACGCACUCAGGGAGAUGUGA